AAUUCAUUCUCGGGAAUUUGAAGUAAACCAGGCGAAUUCAGAGAAAACUGUACCUUGAUAUUAAAAACAUCAUCAACGAUGGAAGAAGAGGAUGACUGUCAGUCCCCAAUUGUCGACGAGAAACUUUCCAUCGAAACGAAACUGGACGUUUCAGCAAGUACCGAGUUGGAGAUGAAAAAAUCGGUACCAAAAGAUUCAUCAGUGGAUCUUCAAGUUCUGACCAGCCGAUCUAUGGAACUCUUCAACCGAAUGGAUCUAGAUAAAGAGAGAAACGAAGGUUCAUCGUUGGAUCAGCAAGCGCCGGCGACAGAAUCCAUACCGGAAGUGGACAACGAGGACAACUGGUUGUCGUAUCUCGAUUGCGACGCGAUCUUCGACGUGACUUGUGAAAAUCUGUCCUAUUACAAUUCGACCAAAGCGGAGAAAGGUAGCGACAGUGAUCUCGACGACACGUUAACGUUCGACGAUGCUGAAGACUGCGAGACCUUGGCUCGAGACGAAGGCUCGUCGAACGAUUCGUGCUGCCAGCAAAUCGUCGACGAUUUCGAACGAUUGCCGAACAGAAAUUUCGUUGUUUCGUCAAAAAUAUCAUCGAUGGAGAUCAAGAUCGAUCGUCCAGCCGCAUCUGAGAAUGCAGCUUUGACGGAGGAUGAAAUCACCGAGAGUGAAAUGAUAAAAGAAAGUAGCAACGAUGGCGACAAAGAGAAUUAUAAUGAAAAUUUGCGAGAUGAAUCAAAGAAUCUUGAUGAUGAUAAGAUUGAAAAAGAGGAGCAGCUAUUGUCCGACACUUACGAUUUCUCCAGCGACUCCGACGACGAACAGGAGAGGAAGUUGAUUUAUUCCUCCCCUACUGUGAACAUUUCCGCUUACUUCAAGUUCAGAGAUAAUUUGAAGGAUUCGAAACUAGAAGCAGCCUUGAAUCGGCUCGAUCCGAAAAUGCUUCGCGAUAAAGAACCACUGACACUGGAAGAAGUUGAAGAAACGUCAACAAAGGAGCGAACGGAUGAGAGUGAAACGGAGAAGAGUUUGAUAGAACCUGCGGAAGAAAAAGGACCAAAGUACGUGGAAUCAAGGUCUCCGGAGGGAUAUCUGGAAGAGUUAGCUCGGAUCACCGAGUCGAGUUGCCCGAAAACCGAGGAGCAGGUGCAGGAAAGAUUGAAAAGGAUCGCCGAAGGGAAAGCGGAAAUAGAAAAGUGGAAGAACGAUGCGUUGAAGGAUCUAUCGGUAGAAUUCGAGGAGGUUGAGAAACUCCUCCUGGAACAGAAAGCUCUGAAGAAAAAUCAGUCAACCGAGGAGUUCGACAGCGAAUCCGAGGAAUUUCUGAAAACCGACAUCGAGAUGCCUUUGACGAAAGAUCAAAUAGCUGAGAGUUUCAAAUCGAAAACGGAGGAGGAGGACAAACGUCGUACGGAAAUGUUGCAAGAAUGUAUACAAGUUAUUCCGAGAGACGAAGACACGGAACAGUCCGUAGAAGAAUCAUUUGAUGAUGAAGUAAGAACGAAGAAGUCUGAAACUUUGAGUACGAACGAUGACUCGAAAGCUGUUGAAACAAUAGUCGGUGGAAUCGUGCAGGACAUUAUUCUUGACACAGAGGAUUCUUUAUUUUGGCGGUUUGGCACGGACCAGGAAGAGAGGACGUAUAUCAAAGGGAAAGUGUACGAGUUCGACGAAAAGAAGCAUGGCGCCAGAAUGACCGAGGAUUUCCUGAAGAAGCAUUGCAAGCUGACCAAGCUCUAUCAGACACCUUAUUUGAACGACGUGCUCUAUCUACAUUUCAAAGGUUUCUCUUUCAUCGAGAAUCUAGAAAAGUACACGGGCCUGAAGUGUCUCUAUUUGGAGAACAACGGUAUCCGGGAGAUCGCCAAUCUGGAGAAUCAAAGCGAAUUAAAGAGUUUGUACCUUCACAACAACCUGAUCAGCAAAAUCGAGAAUCUUCAUUACCAGACGAAGCUGAACACACUGAAUCUAUCUCACAACACUAUAAGGAGGAUCGAGAAUCUCGAUAGCCUCAAGUUCCUGAAUACUCUAAACCUGUCGCACAACUACAUACAAGACACCGCUGACAUUGAGCAUCUCCGAUUGCUCGACAGUCUCUCGGUACUGGAUAUUUCUCACAACAGGAUAAAGAGCAAUCAAGUUGUUAAUAUUCUAGGGGACAUGAAGGAGUUAAGAGUGAUUUGUCUAACGGGCAAUCCAGUUUUGAAGCUGAUCAAACUGUACCGAAAGACGAUGAUACUGAAAUGCAAAAAUCUGAGAUAUCUCGACGACAGACCGGUGUUUCCGAGAGACCGUGCCUGCGCCGAAGCUUGGAUGCGCGGAGGGCCGUCCGAAGAGGAUGCCGAAAGGAAACGGUGGAUCGAGGCGGAGCAGAAGAAAAUCAAUGACAGCGUGCGAGCCCUGAUAAACAAAAGGAAGCUGUACAAACCGGUCGGGACGUCCGAAAAGGAGGCGGAGGAUAAGAAGAAGACGGCGGAGGAUGAAGAAGAAGUAGCUGCCACGAGCAAGCUCGUGUGCACGAGCAACGAACUGCUCAAGCUGGAGAAGAAGAAAAAGUCAGCUGUCUCAUCCCCUUGCGGCUCCUCCGCGUCCUCGUCCGACGAAGAGGUGGAGAACGACGGAUUCGGGGAAAAAGUGAUCGAGAAAAGCGACGGAAACAGGCCAAUGGCGGAGGAAGAAAGAAACCCCACCGUCGAGGACACAGCUGAUCUUUUGUUGCCCUGGAAAAUCCAGACGUCGAGGAGCAAGAAGUCGGUGAAAUUAGUGGAAGAGCUGACAGAAGCGAACGAGUACGUAGCAGGUGACGCGGAGAGGAAGAGGUUCGGCAAGGAAAUUUUGGACGAGAGAAGAAGCAUCGACAAUCCGCCGAGAGAACUGGCCCAUUACGAGAAACUUGUCCCGGAGACGAGCAAUGAGACCGAACUUACUGCACGGUGUUCUAAAGAAGAAAGAAAAUCCUUCGAAAGUACCUCCAUCUCCUGCGAUAUUACGUGCCCGAUGAAAAUUGAAAAUCAAACUGUCUGCAAAGAUAUCAUAGAGAAUUAUCGAAGGAAAGACGAGAGGUAUCCUUUCGGUGGUCAAUUAAGCAGCAUCAGACAGGACAUGAAGGGAUUCUGUGCGGACAUGGACAAGUUUGUCCAGGACAACAAGAUCGUUUUCGAGAACGGCGAUGUGAAAGGAUUCUGGGGCGAGAAGGAGGUGAAAGAAUCGCAGGGAGAUGAAGAAACAGAAUCAUCGGUCAAGGAAGAAAACGUGAGAUGGUGGAACACGAAGGAGAGGAAAUUGAAGGUACAGAAGAUCCUGGAGGAGCGAGAAGAGAAGGCGAAGAAAAUUGAAAUCGUCGAGGAAAAUGAUAAAAAAGAAGAAAUAAAAGGAGUCUCGCCUUCUGAUAGCGUUUACGAUCUGCUGAAUUUAAGAACGUGUUCGGAGAUUCUUUUAAAAGACGUACAAACUUAUCCCAAAAAUGAAGAAUCUGAAUCCUCUGAAUCAACAGAAAAAUCGGAAGAAUCUUCUUCGAGUGCUGUUUGCUUUUUAUGUAACGAACUGAAUAGUAAAAAUCGAACGAAUGGAAAAUUGAAAAUAUCUAAAGCGGACAGUCAUUGCGAAUUGCCAGCCAUCGAAGAAUCCGAAGAAACGAUCGAGGACACUGUUCAACGUAACAAAUUAAAAAAGCUCCACGAAAAGGAACCUGUCGAUGGUGUAUUAAUUAAUUUAACCGACAGCGAGUCAGAUAACGAAUCAGUGGUAACUGUGAUUGAUCUUUACGACGAAUCCGCGAAAGGAAGCGAAUGUUUGCUUCCGAAAUUGAAGGAUUCUGCUGUAAACGUGAACGCUUUAAAAGAAGGCAAGUCUAAAUGUUUCCUUCGAGUUUCCGAGGGUGUCAAGAUGGAAAAUGAUAACACAGAGACUCAUCGGUCGAAGGUUGAAGAUUCGAGUAACGCGAUAACUUCGAAUCAUUCUUUGAAACCGCACAAGAGAAUUGGCGACUGCGACAACGCGGAUGUCGCUGUCAAAAAGUCUCAUCUAAUCGAAGAAAUUGAUUCAGAAAGGGAUUUAAAUAACCGAAAAGUCGAUCACGAGGUAGUGGAAAGAUGUAGAAGGCACAUGAUGAAGGAAGCGAAGACGUUUAUGAAGAAGAAAUCGCCUUUGAUCGAUAAGUACGUAGAAAAUUUUAUAAUCAAUAAAAAGUCCCAAGGAAAUGUUAUUUCGAGGAACUACGAGCAAAUGGAUUUCUUGGAUUUAACUUGUGCGAAAACGAUUUUCCAAAAAUCUUUCGACGAUUCUGAAAAGUCUCAGAGGAAACUCAAAGAGUCAUCCAACGUGAAAGAAGUGGAAGAUAAAUCGAAAUUCUAUAAGUCAAACGUCGAAUCGAUCGCUGAUCUUCUGAAGGAUUCGGAAAAUUUCGAAAAACAUGAGAUCAAGAGGAGCAUGGAUCUUUAUAAAGAUUUCUGUGAACACUUGGAGCAAAAGAACAGCGAGAGGACACUUCUGAUCGAGCCGGAUUUUAUGAAAAGCGAGAAAAUAGAUGCCGAGGAAAAGAAAUGCGAAGUUCUAUCGUCAAUGGAGACGGAACAGUCGAAGGAGGAACAAACAAAGCCAUUGAUCGAGGUGAUUGCAAAUGAUCCACGAAACCUGGAAGACCUGGAACAGGCUGAAGACCGAUCAUCCGUUGACUCGGAAGCUUUCACGAUGGAUCCCGCGUUAAGAGAUAAGAUAUUGAAGAGUAUAAACGCCCCAAAAAGUGAGGAGCAGAUCGAAAGAGGGAGAAGGUCGGCUGACAAAUUGAUGAAGAUCUCCAGAGAAGCUAUGGCUAAAGGGAAACCGAUGCUAGAUCAACCGUCCAGUAGCUGUAUUCAACAAUUAGAACCUGACGAAAGCAGAAUAUUCUUUAAGCAUCUAUUAAACGACGAUUCCUCGAAAAAUCUGAAACAAAAUGUUAAUAUAAAAGCAGAAGAAUGUAACGAGUUAUCCUCCAACGAUGAUACUAGUCAAAAGAAAAAUGAUAAAAUAAAGAAAAGUCUGGAGUUACAGGUCGUGCAAGAAAACUGAAAGCAUUCCCAUAGAAAAAA